ACGACAACAAACAACAUGGAGGAAUAUGCCCGCGAGCCCUGUCCGUGGAGGAUAGUGGACGACUGCGGAGGCGCCUUCACCAUGGGUGCGAUCGGUGGGGGGGUGUUCCAGUCAAUGAAGGGCUUUCGUAACGCCCCUGCAGUGAGUUCAGAACAUUAUGGUUUUUGCUCUGUGAAUCACACCAGGUUUCCAAAGGCAGAACUGAACAGUGCUCUCAUGUUUCAGGGUGUCGCACACCGACUGAGAGGCAGCGCCAACGCAGUGAGAGUGAGAGCUCCACAGAUCGGAGGGAGCUUUGCUGUGUGGGGGGGUCUCUUCUCCACUAUUGACUGCGGUCUGGUUCGUGUGAGAGGGAAAGAAGACCCCUGGAACUCUAUAACAAGUGGAGCGCUGACUGGAGCUAUCCUGGCAGCUCGCAGUGGGCCCUUAGCAAUGAUGGGCUCUGCCAUGAUGGGAGGGAUUCUGCUGGCUCUCAUUGAGGGUUUUGGGAUCCUCCUCACCAGAUACACAGCGCAGCAGUUUCAGAAUCCUGUUCCCUUUGCAGACGACCUGAAUCAGCUGCCUCCAAAAGAUGCAGCACAAGUGUAGGGAGCGUUAAGGAAUGAGAGCAGCUGUGAGAGCAGUGAGACCCACCUAAGAGUAGCAGGGACACCGAGGUUCUACAGCAGGUAUCAGGUGGAGAUACUGGUCACUACAGUGGUGUCAAGUAGUUGCACUUCAGGUUUUAUACCUCAGGAACAAAGUACUGUGAGUUUUAGUUUUAAGUGAAUGUUUAUGUGAGCGAGGAUCCUUCUGACAAACCUCGUGUUUGCACCUGCAGCAUCUCAUGCAAUGUUUU